CUGAAGGGCAGACGACUAUGGGUGCCCCUACAACUGAAGGGCAGACGACCAUGGGUGCCCCUACAACUGAAGGCCAGACGACCAUGGGUACCCCUACAACUGAGGGCCAGACGACUCUGGGUGCUCCUACAACUGAACGCGACACAACUAUGGGUGCACCUUUAACUGAAGGCCAGACGACUAUGGCCGCCCCUACAACUGAAGGUCAGACGACUAUGGGUGCCCCUACAACUGAUGGUCAGACGACUAUGGGUACUCCUACAACUGAAGGGGAGACGACCAUGGGUGCCCCUACAACUGAAGGCCAGACGACCAUGGGUGCCCCUACAACUGAAGGCCAGGCGACUACGGGCGCCCCUACAACUGAAGGGCAGACGACUAUGGGUGCCCCUACAACUGAAGGGGAGACGACCACGGGUGCCCCUACAACUGAAGGCCAGACGACUAUGGCCGCUCCUACAACUGAAGGCCAGAUGACUAUGGGCGCCCCUACAACUGAAGGCCAGACGACUACGGCUCCUGCAACUGAGGGUCAGACGACCAUGAUCCCGACCACAGCAGCAUCCGUACUUAUAACCUUGGUAGUUUUUUCUGGCCGUCCUGAUCCACAGUGGCGAGUUGAUCUGUCUGCUUUCAAUGACUCAGAUUAUCAGUCAAUCCAAAAUAUUGGCGUCAGUUCAAGUUGCAUACCUGCAAAACUGGGAUACAAAGGUUUCUUAGUAGAGGACGCUGUAGCGGAGCUACUCAUUGUGGGUAGUGACAGUGAGCUUGUGCGACUACAACAGCUUCUGCUCCAGACCAUGCCAAGUGGUACAUUACCAAGCCCCUUACUCGAGAGAGUCUCCAGUGAAAUUGGCAACGUAUUGGACGAAUGCAUUACAUCGAGACGUAAACGACGUAAACGACUCGCACCACCAUUUGGCCCAUUCUUGUGGAAUAACGUCCCCAACAUUCGACGGAAAAACAACUGCUACAACUAUGCAAAUCUACAAAUCACGAAUACCGUUGCACAGCCUGGUAGAGGAAGCGGACAAAUCUUCGCCUUGCUGAAUGGUUUCUCUGUGGGAACUGCUGCGAUGGGUGAUGGUUUGGAGGUUCUGAUGCCCCCUCCUUCUCCAGCAGACCCUGUCCCGGAAGCCCCUGUGGGACCACGGCACCUGGUGGCACUGUUUGUAGAUCCAGGUGUCGAUUUCCACUGGUGCCGUUUGGAUCAGGGUGGACUGUGGUCUCACAAGCCUGGCCAAACCCGUGUCACACAACGCGACCAGGCGGGAAAUAACAUCGUCGAUCCGAGAACAGCUGAUACUGGAAAUUAUGAAUUUGUUACUUUCAUGACAAGCGAUAUCAGCACUGCCACGAUCAAUUGAAUAAAUACUAAAUAAAUAAUGCGAUUUAUUAUAUGGCUAGCUCCGUGAGGGGGCAAGAUGAC